ACAGGCUGUAUGAAGUCAGGCUGCAACAUGUUGCUCAAGUUGGAUUAGCUCACCGAGCUCCAGUGAGGCAGGUGAGGGUGUUUGUCAAAGGGGCAGUGCUAGUGUAUAUGACAGCUGAGCCACUGAGUCAGGGCAUUUUGUUGAUUUACCGAAACAGGAAGAGUCUACGCGAGGCGGCACUGUGGCAAUAGCAUCUGGCAUCAUGUCUGUGCAUGAGACUGAAGCAAACCUGUCUAAGAAGAAUCAUCCACAGACUUCGCUUUCUGAUCUUACUUGCCCCAUCUGCUUGCAUCUCUUCUCUGAGCCAGUUUCUCUUCCCUGUCGUCACGUCUACUGCUUUGCCUGCCUUCAGACCAUGGGGAAAGGCCUUGACCAGCACAGCUGCCCUGAAUGCCAUGCAGCAUAUCAGGGGACAGAUGCCCUCAUGAAAAGCUUCAAAAUGUGUAACGUGGUGGAAACCUACAAAGCCACUGCUGGGAAGAUCAACUCCACCGCAAACCCUUUUGAUGUCAGCCAUAUAACAGACAAGAAUUGUGAUACCUCUGUCACAGAUGAAUCAAACACAGAAUACCACAAGGACUUCGCAUCAGCUGGAGGGAGCCAGGGGGAGGAUGGUUGUCAAAUUGUGCCUGGAUCCACAGACCGCCCUGUUUCUUUGGAUCAAGACCAAAGUAGUGGCAGAGUCAAAAUGGAAAUGAAUGAACCUAAACUCAGACUGGCAGCUCAAGUCACAGAGCUGACGCUGAAGUUGGAGAUGGCAGAAUGUGUUCUGAAGAAAGAGAAGGAGCGAGAGCUGGAAGUGACCACUGCUAAUGCUCAGCUGAGGGAUAAAACAUCAAAACUGUUAGAGCAGAUAAAGGACUUGUCACGGAGCUACAGCGUAAUGGUGACUCAGAUGAUUGAAGAAGAGUUAGGUCCGGGAGAGGCCAGCAUAUGUACUCGAGUCAGUCAAGCUUCUGAACUGACUAAUCAGAUGAGGCAGGCUAUGCUCAGAGCCAAGUCCCUGUUGACUGAAGAAGAUGAGAUGGUAUUUAGUGACGAGAUUCAGAACCUACAACCAUUCAUUGUUGAGUUAAUGGCAAAAGCAGUGGGAGAAGAAGAAGACCAUGUUGAAUCAAAAGUUAGCCCUGCACAAAUUUGUGCCAAGCUGGAAAACAUGAAUGCUGAGUUGAGAGAAAGACUUGGAGAAAUUCAGCGCUCGCUUCGGAACACCCUCAACCCUUCAGAGGUGACCUUUGAUCCAGAAACAGCCCAUCCCAACCUUGUUCUCUCAGAAGACUUGAAGACGGUGACUUUCAGUGCUACCAAACAGUCCUACCCGUCCUCUCCACAGAGGUUCACAAGCUUCUUCCAGGUCUUCAGCACCCAGAGCUUCUCUGAAGGUGAUCACUGCUGGGAGGUGGAGCUGGACGGCUCUCCGUGGAUCAUUGGUGUGUGCUACAGUGGGAAGCUAGCACGUAGCGGCAUGUCCUCUGCUCUGGAAAGCAGCCAGAGCUCUUGGUGUCUGAUGUGGUUCAACAACUUGCUGACAGCCUUUGAACAGAGUCAUGAAGUGCCACUGAAGAGGACCACAGUGUCACUCAGGCUAGAGAUCAAGCUGAGCUUCAAGACCCACAGACUGAGCUUCUACAACAUCAGCCCCAUCAGCGGAAAGACUCAUGUGUACACGUUUAAGGCUGACCUGACUGAGCCGGUGCACCUGGCCUACAGAAUGAUGUCAGGGCACCCCAAAGCACGUGCAACCAUUUAUUCAUAAUUAUACCUGCAUUUCUAUAAAAUUCUAUUUACUUGCUAAAAAAUGUGCUGCAUAGAGUAAUGUAAUAAUAAUACUCAGAUUUCCUCAUUUGUGAUCACCUUUUGGUUGCCUUUGCUUAGUGCUUUGGGCGCUUUGUGUACAUUUACUGUGCAGAGAUAUCAAGUUGUAGAUUGUUGCCUCAUUUUGAAUGCUCUCUCUAGUGGAGAGCCUCUGUACUAGAGACAAAUUCCUUGUGUAUAUGCCAACAGUAUUUUUUAACAGUCUUACAAAGGUAGUCAUUAAAUUUUUUUAACUGGACUGUUGGAUUAUCAUGCUAGCUUUGGUCCUUCUUGACAAGAUUCUGUAUCUACAAAUAUCUGAAGACAUGCCAACAUAUACCCCAAAGUAUAGAUAGUAAUCACGUGCUGUAUUCCCCAGGUUGUGUGGUGUCCUGUCAACUGUGUGCUGCCAUGCAUUUGACCUCAUUUGUGUAAAUUAACAAAAAAGGUUCAUGUGAAUUUAUGAAUUGGUAAUUUAGCUAAUAAAAUGUAAAAAUCAGUACUAUUCAUUUGGGAAUUCAAAUUAAUAUCGUCAUGUUGGAAUCCAAACAGUGCAUAUUUCUGAAAUAAAAUUAAGUUAAAAUUAAUAUGAAAAGUCUAUGAACAAGCCUGAAACAGUCUUCAUUGAUUUUGUUAUCUUAUUCAAAAUAUGAUUCCUGUAUGAAAAUACAUGUCCAUCUUUUUGAAUCAGACAUCAGACAUCUUUUUCAAACAGAGUUCUUAUGUAUUUAUUUUUACAGCAACGAGGAAAAAAAAACAGGUUUCCCCAACAGGUGGGUCCACUGUAAGAGAAGGUAAUAAACGACGUCACUCAUGAAUAAUCUUUGGUCAUUGCUAAAGACCUCUGCAUAAUGCCCAGUUGUUACAGGGAUGUUGUAAUGUGAAAUAAACAAGUAAUAUGUAAACAAUGUGCCAUCCCUGUUGAACAACUCUAACUACAGUUAGAAGAAGUUAAAUGUGGGUUUACAUCGUUUGUCCUCAUUAGUCCAAAUGAAAUAUGUGUGAGGAGAGAAAUUAUGUUUGUAGAUGAGAUGCUGACAAAAAGGCCUGGUGUUGAAACGCAGAUAACUUUAUAAUUAUAACCCAGCUUUUGUGACCAGAACUCCUAAAAGUCCCUUAUUAACUGCUGAGUUUUUUCAAUAAUAGUGAUAAGGUUUAAGAAGCAUCUCAUUUCCUGAUGGUCUUUGUAAGUAGUAUGACUAAAUAUGAAACUUAUUUUUUCACUGGAAUAUUGUGAAAAGCAGAU